UGGCAAUCCUCAUAUUUACACGAAUACAUUGUCCCCUCACCUGCACAUAACUCAGAAGUAGCACUCCCUAGUUUGAAACGGGCCAGCUUUCCGCUUCCAGUCGACAUUUCUUUACUCCAUUCUGUAUCCUCUAUCAAAUCUGGAACGGAAUGCACGGCUUUCCCUGUGACCUCCGUUAUCCAGCCGUAUCGUUUCCAAAUAAUCUCCGACAGGCGACGGUGUGUCUUGUACUGAUGCACGGCAUAUUGAACGUCUCCCCUCUCGUUCAAUGCCUCGCCCCACUCAUUGAUAUUCACAAUCGGUGUUGUGCCGACCGUGCCAAAGAGCGCCUCUUCAUUCGGCACCAUGGAUGCGUGUCCGAGCCCCGCUUGAGUCAACUUGGUGUCGAGUAACUUUGAAUAGAAUAUAUGGAUGUGGAUAGCCUGAUCAUUGCAUUCAUACUUUGACCACAUCAGCUCCGCUGCCAUGGUCCGCAAAUACACUGCCAUUGCCAUUGCAGUACCGUAUGUCGACCCGGCACACAGGCGAUCCAGGGACUUGUAAGACUCCGCUUGGUUUUGCGACAUAUAGGAACGAGCGCACGCAUCGAACCAACCAACAUGCACUUUACAUUGACCAAUUUUCAAGCCGCGCCACUCUGCGAAGUAGAGCAGUUCAGUACCGCUUCCCAUCUCCAUGUUAAAUGGGUUGCGCUGGAAUGCCACGUCGAGGUCGCAAACGAGUAUCUUGUCCCAAGCAGUCGGCACGCCCCCAACGAAAUUGGCGAACCCCUGAAACCGCCUCAUGACAAUAGGUGCAUCCGUUUCGGGUAGCACCCCGACGAAUUCCAGAGAGGGGUACCUUUCAAGCAGAGCUUUGAGGCCGUCUGAGGGGGUUCGAGCGACGUCGGGAGGAGUGAUGAUUUUCACGAGGACUUUGACUGGGAGGCAGGCAGAGUGGUCUGGCACAUCGUGGCCGACUGCCAGCUCCAGCGACUGCAUAAAGAUGAAUAUCUGGUCCAACAUUUUCGCUCCAUCCACGGCGCUCAGAAUAAGAUUGGGUUUCAAAGAAGGACAUGAUGUGAUUGUGGUAACAGGCCGCAGGGCCUUCAUGUCCACUUGAGAAUUCCACUCAGAGAAUCCGACUGCUAUGGAUUUCACAUUGAGGUAGACGCAGAUGGUCACCACGAAAAUUAUUAAAUAGACGAAGGGGCCUCGUUUAAAAGUCCAUCGACAAAGCGACACAGCAUUGACGCCCAUAUUGUCUUGUACAGAUGGAGUGGGUAUAUAUUUGCUUAGUGAAGGAAGGGCACAUCAACCAGGAGGACCAUCUGCACCACUUCGAAGAUCAAUCAAUGAGGGAAAUAUCCAUGUUCGCUAGAUGACAGAUUUCAAUAUCCUGACCUCAGCAAUCCCACUCUGCAGCAGGUCGAAAGGUGGCUGGCGUCCAUAUCAACAUUUGUUCCGAUGUAGUCGAGACUGUUUCGACUCCAACUCCCGCUCAAGUUUCUGUUGAUAUUUGUCCAAUACAAGGAAAUUCAACGAUCAGCACAUGUCCUCGUCAGGCACACAGUUGAUGAAUAACAAAUGAGAAAAGAACAAAUAACCUAUUAGGUAACUUCUCUUACAUUCUCUCUUUUCCCUUUCCUGUUAUUUCUUUUUUCGAUGUAGCCAGUGUGUAUGUUAUGGGGCGUGCCGCGGAUGACUGGCUUGAGAUUUGGGGAAACUAACUAUUCUAUCUAUAUUUUCUUUUUCCGCCUCUAUAUCAGCUUUGUUCUAACCUGAAAUCCCGCGGUCCGGGACCCUUGACCAAUUGAUGGUCCAGAUUGGCAAUAAGAUGUUAAAUAAUAGGCAGCCUUGAAAGAGAUCUCUGCAAAGGGGAUAAUUAUGCCUUGAUCACAGCUAAGGGAGUGAGCCCCUCCUAUGUCCUCCUGUUGGGCAUCCGCUGUUGGUCAAUCUUGGAAACGACGGAGGUAGAGAAACGUGCAUUAUCCGGUUUAUUCAUAGUUUGAAAAUAUAUUAUGCCUUGUUGUGUCCAAGUCAUUCCCUUGGGGCCAUCUUCAAGGAUUUACAACUCCGGUAGACUAUGAAGCACACGGUGCUACUUCUCCUAGCAUGCUGGAUUCGUUUUAUAACUUCAGAACCACAGCAAACUGAGGCGCGCGAAUGUCUAAGCAACCGAAUAGAAUAUGGCGGGGCCUACUCAUAUCAGUGUUACUGGUCUUGACGUAUGAUCUUGUCAACCGCACGCCAUACCGGCACCUACGAUUUCAUUCCAGGAGCGCUCCAAACAAUGGCUUCCUAUCCAUUGCCAAAGCCCAAACGCUGUGCAGCACGUACGACCUAUCAAUCUUCCCGGAGCGAGCACAACAUCGCAAGAUCUACGACCUCAUGUUGGUCAGCACCGAGCUAGACUGGCUUGAAGUUCGUAUGAAUGAGCUCAAACACCAUGUCGACUACUUCGUUAUAGUCGAAUCGGCGCAUACAUUUACUCAGAAACCCAAGCCUCUCCAUUUCAAGGAGAACUUUACCCGCUUCGCUCCUUUCCAAUCUCAAAUACUUUACCACAAUCUCGAUAUCUCCAGCUUAGGAUCCAACAGCACCUGGGAGCGUGAAGCUUUCCUUCGCAACGGACUCUUCGAUUCUGUCUUUCCCAGUUUAGUCGGUGAUGCGGAGCCUUCACUCAAUGAUGUUAUCCUGGUAUCAGACGUCGACGAAAUUCCCCGGCCAUCUACCCUGAACGUUCUCAGAAACUGCGCCUUUCCGGAGCGUGUCACCCUCCGCAGCCGUUUCUUCUACUACUCCUUCCAAUGGCAACAUGUCGGCGAUGAAUGGCACCAUCCCCAAGCGACAUUCUACCAAGGGCCAGAGAAAACAAUCAAACCAGAAGACCUACGGAUGGGUGGCGGCGCACUUGAUCUGUGGAAUGCCAGCUGGCACUGCAGCUCCUGCUUUUCAACAGUGGCUGAGAUGGCGAAGAAGCUGGAGAGCUUUUCCCACACAGAGUACAACAAGCCGGAGUUCCGGGAGCCGCAGGAAAUCGUGCGAAGGGUUCGGAAUGGGCUGGACCUGUUCGAUCGUGAGGGCCAGUUGUAUGAGCGUGUACAAUCGGGUUAUGACGCACCGCAAUAUGUGAAGGCGAAUAAAGAACGAUUUUCAUAUAUGUUGGAUCGGGAUGCAGAAAAUGCGAACUUUAAGGACUAUACUUCGGAAUGAUGGGUCUAGAUUCCUUAUUUUACACUAUCUUAUCGUGUAUUUUAUAGAACGGACUUGAUAAGCGUUUUUAGAAUUGGAUGGAUACUCACCAAAUAAGAAGUGAGGGUUGUGGCGUUUACAUGGAGCUACAUAGAAGAGGGAAACGAAAAACGAUAAGAACUGGAUGACGAUUGAAUGAGUUCAUUGAUCUAAAUUUAGAGCACAUACUGUAGUUACACAAGCUCCUAGAGCGGCGUUCAUCCUAUUGUAUAACUAUGCAAUAUAUCCAAUAUUGGCUACUAGCUUGCUAACCUUGGAAUAACCCAAAUAGAUGAACAAGGUUUACCCGAACCCCUGAAUAUGACAUAUACUUGUAGCCGGUUAUUCAAAUCUAUAUAAUCCAUCGCUGAUGGAGGACGCUUGCUCAACAAAACAGAGCUAAAAAUACUAUAGUCAUUACGGAGUACUGUACAUCUUCUUCAAUUAGUAGUCUUAAAUUUCUGGGUUAGCAAAUAAGUAUGUAUAACCCGAUUCAACAGAACAGACAAAUAGAUAAUAAUUCACAAUCAGAACUUUAUCAAAAUGUAUAGAAAUUGCAACAGAAGUGUAGUGGCACGUACGUGUUUGAAUGCCAUGAACUAACGGGAUUUUUUGAAAACCCUAAAAAUAAAUGAAGUUAACAGCAAGGUAUAGGGCUCGUCUAGCUGGGCCAAUUUACAUGUUCCAAGGACGCUAUGCUAUCAUCAUCAACCCGCGGGGGAAAACAGAAAAAGAAGUAAAAAAAAGAAAAGAAAAAGGGCAACACUCUAACUAUCUGCUCUCCAACCGGCUCAACGCACCCAACACAAUCGCCAAGUCUUCCUUCUCUAUUCUGAAAUCAUCCGCUCCAUCACCAUCUGAAUCUGCACCUCCCUCUUCGCCCUCUCCCUCCUCCUCGUACGCCCCCGACUCUCCAACUUUCUGCUUCCCCUUUCUCCUUCUCGUUCUCAUCGUACGACCAUUACUGCUAACUCCCAGCUCCUCCCCGCCAACUCCUCUUGGCCGUAACCGAUCGCGCUCUUCCAAUCGACGCGCACAGAUCGCAAGAACCUGCCCCGCCACGUCAUCCGCUGCGCGGCGGAAGAGUUCUACGUCGUGGAUUCCUGAGGCGAAGGAGUCGAGUGUUGGUAUUAAAGAAGUUGUUAGGCGGGAGAGGCGGGACGUUAUGUUAGAUAUGGAAGUAUAGGAUGGGUCUGCUUGUUGGGUUGGUGUAGAUUUAUCGGUAGAGGUGGAAGUAAUGUUUGAUGGGUUUAGAGAAGUCAGGAUAGCUAGUUGUGAAGGGUCGAGGAGGUCGGGGUUUAUCGCAUUUAGUUGUGGAGUGGAUGUGGAUGGUUGUUGGGUAUCGGAGGAUUGUGCGGAUGUCGAAGAUGGAGGUCUUAUUCUUGGAAUGGACGGGGGACGGAGUAGGGAUGUGAGUGAUUGUCGUUCUAGUUGAAGUCUGCCGUAUAGAGUUAGUAUUUGCUUUGGUUGUAUGCAUAAAAAAAUGAACUGCAUUGAACUGCAUUGAACUGCA